CUUAAUAUUCAUGAACCGAGCCUUCGCCAUACUGCGGUCCGUAAGUUCGCCUUGUUAGGUUGUCAAUGGCUCAGAAUGAAGGUGGAUACUGUUGCAGCUGUGAUGAUGGGUUACCACUGCAGGUGAAAAUGAAAACAUCGUUACUUGUCGAGGCGAGAGGACAGUUUGCGCAUCGUCGUCUUGGACAUAAGUGAGCAAGCGUGUGUGUGUGUGUGUAGUGUAUUAGUUUGCAGGAAUGUGUGUCAGUGUGUGUGUGUGGAUUAUAAGAAGAGCAUUGUGACCAACCGGGAGCAGAUUUUUGCUGCAAUGACCCGUUCAAACACCGAUUUCUGUCCCAUCCUCUGGCCCUCCGCUCCUCUCAGCCCAGACAUGCACCACUUUGCCAUCUUUUGACUUGAUGAAGAUUCCUGACAUCGGUAAUGUGAUGAAUAAAUUUGAGGUCCUUGGGAUUGUAGGAGAAGGAGCCUAUGGGGUGGUCCUGAAAUGCAGACACAAGGAGACAAAAGAGCUUGUGGCCAUUAAGAAGUUCAAGGACAGUGAAGAGAAUGAGGAAGUUAAAGAGACGACGUUACGAGAGCUCAAGAUGCUCCGUACGCUGAAGCAAGACAACAUCGUAGAACUGAAAGAGGCUUUUCGUCGACGGGGAAAACUCUAUCUAGUGUUUGAAUAUGUGGAAAAGAAUAUGCUUGAGUUGUUGGAGGAAUUGCCCAAUGGUGCGCCACCUGAUAAAGUACGAAGCUACAUCUUUCAGCUGAUCAAAGCUAUUCACUGGUGCCACAAGAAUGAGAUCGUUCACAGGGAUAUCAAGCCUGAAAAUCUCCUCAUCAGCGCCAAUGAUAUCCUGAAGCUGUGUGAUUUUGGCUUUGCCCGCAAUCUCUCAGAAGGCAGUGAUGCUAACUACACUGAGUAUGUGGCGACCAGGUGGUACCGCUCACCUGAACUGCUCCUGGGAGCUCCAUAUGGGAAGGCGGUGGACAUGUGGUCAGUGGGGUGUAUUUUGGGAGAACUGAGUGAUGGGCAGCCCCUGUUUCCAGGCGAGAGUGAAAUCGACCAGCUCUUCACUAUUCAGAAGGUGUUGGGCCCCUUACCACCAGAGCAGAUGAAGCUGUUCUACAACAACCCUCGUUUCGCCGGACUAAGAUUUCCUUCUGUAAGUCAUCCUCAGACGCUUGAUAGAAGGUACCUUGGCAUUAUCAAUGGACUCAUGUUGGAUUUAAUGAAGAACCUGCUGUGCCUGAACCCCACCGAACGCUUUCUGACAGAACAGUGUCUGAACCACCCAGUGUUUCAGGGUCUGAGAGGGCCUGAGCGGCCAGCUGCCCCAUCACCCACCCCACCUCGCUCCUCAAAGAGAAAACCAUACCAUGGAGACAACACCAUACCCAGCCGGAGCCACGGCAGUAAGAGUUCAGGUCACCGGCGCGCUAACAGCAAGGACUGCUCGUCUCUCCCGCGCCAUGAGGACCUCCACCGGAGCACCGACAGCUUCCUGAACGGCAGCAACAUGCCAACCUCAUCCACCCUGAGUCCCACGCUACACCCCAAGAGCUACCAGGCCCAGACCCUGAGCCGCUCAGCGUCUUGCAGCAAAGAUCUGGCCAACAACAACCUUCCGCACCUCCUCAGCCCCAAAGACUCGAAGGGAAAGACUGAGUUUGAUUUCAACCUGGGGCCUAAAGUUGGAGGUGCCACUGUAGGAGGGGACACCUCUACGGGCAAGUACCUCAAGUCGUCCAAAUCAGGCCGCCACUCAUCCUUCCUGGAAGGGAAGACCAGCACGCUGCAGUCUGGGGACAAGCACAGUCGCCAUAACUACAUGGAAUCCUCGCACGGAUCCAUGCCUUCCACGUCCUCCUCCAAAAGCUCCUCGUCCUUCCUCAGCCUGUCCAAGAGUCAUGGGGCGCUGAAUGACGCUAAGUCCGUGAACAAUCUCGCAGAGACACGACUCCACCUGGACGAUCCCAUGGUGGGAUCGGGCUCAGGUUCCCGCUACUUCCCAUCCAGCUGUCUAGAUCUAAACGCGGCUCCUGGCAGCCCCAGAGGUGAACGGCACGCUGGAGCGGAGCGGCAGGGCCACAGCCCUAGUGGCCGAGGGAACACGCGCCUAGAAGGGGGCACUCUAGACUCGCGACGUUCUUCAGGACGGAAAAAGACGCCGGAUGAACCGAAGGCUUCUGACACUCUGGACCCAAGCAGGGCCGCAGGAGCAGGGGGCCAUCCACACAAUCUGCCCUCACCACAUGAAUCCUAUCCUUACGGUCUCGGCUACACCAGCCCGUUCUCCUCGCAGCAGCGACCUCAUCGCCACUCCAUGUACGUGCGGAGAGAGCGACACCGACCGCACGGCCAGGAGACGAAUUUGGUGGUCGGGCAGGGAGUGCCGACGCGUGCCAGCAGCCUACAGCUCCUCUCGCCGCAGCUCCAGCAUCGCACACUCCCACGCCACAACACCAGUUCCUCCCGAGAAGAACUCACGCAAGAUCUGAGCAGGAAUGACCAGUCUCCCAAAGAGAAGCCUCAUUCUCGCCCCCCGAUUAAAGAUUCUACGAGGGACAACACAGCUUCCUUCCACUCACAACGCCCAAAAAACGAGGCUGGGAUGUACCAUGACACUCAUAUGGAGGAUGGAACCUCGUCCAAGGAGAAUAGAAUCAUCUACAGCGACUCGAUGCCUCGUAGAGUGGGAAGCUUUUAUAGAGUCCCCUCUCCUCGACCUGACAACUCGUUCCAUGAAAGCGCCGGACAGAGCCGAGUGCCUGCGGUGGCGGCAGAAAGCACAGCCAUGACAAACCACCCUAAACGUCAGACCAAUUUUGACCCCUGGAAUAAUUCAGAGGCCAUGGUCAUGAACCCACCAGAGGUCCCUAAACAAAAAGAAAAACAAGGUUUUUUUCGAGCCAUAAAGAAGAAAAAGAAAAAGUCACAGCCGACGGACGGCAACGCGGGAAGGAACCCGAGCAUCAAGAAAAGCCUUUUCCCCCUCUUUAACUCAAAGAAUAGCUUAAAGCAUAACUCUUCUGUCAAAGUGCUCCCUGUUGUCCCGCAGCCCAUGGUUCCUAGUGAGGCCCAGCAGGAGCAGCUAGUGAUACAGAGACCAGUCAAAUCUUCAUCUCAUCACAGCAGUCGACACCGCAACCGAGAUCGUGACCGGGAACGUGACCUGGAAAGGGACAGGGAGCGUGACCGGGAUCGAAACCGCGAGAGGGAUCGCGAUCGUGACAGGGACAACACUUGGCCGCCUGAAAAGCAGGCAGAUGUGCAGCCUCAGAACCAGCCUCUGAAAUCCCUGCGGAAGCUCCUACACCUCUCCUCUCCUGCUACGUCCAAUCAGCCCCCACCUCCCGAUCGCUCGGCAGAACUGCGCUUCCAGCCCAUUCCCAACCCCCCUACCAAAGGGAACCUGAACGAGGUCAGAGGGCACCCACCAGGCAGCGUCACCCCCAAUACCAAGAGCCGCAAACCCCACAACUACCCUUUGCCAGGGCAGAUCGAGUCCAGCUGGCACGUCUCCGCUCUGAAUCGGGCCGAGGGCGCACCGUACCCAGACCAAAUGGCAAACAAAGGUGGGCAGAACGGUAUCGGCUUUACCAGAGCCGCUCGCGCGAGAAUGCCGAACCUCAACGAUCUGAAAGAAACGGCUCUUUAGAGGAGGAGGCCCCCUAGUGGCCUCUAGUGUACUUGGUUUCUCCUUUUCCUUCCUGGCUACCUAUGGAAUGCUAUUGUUCAUACAGUGGUACACAAUGCCACUUCUGGCCAGAAGGUGGCAAUAGUUAUGUCUCAGAUUUGUUUUUUAAAGCAUCCACAUUUGAUAGAAUUUGUAUUAUUGUUCAUUACAUCUGGGUUCAGUUUUCUGUUGAAUAUAUCUUAUUGACGAUGAUAUGAAUCUAUGUAUUUGUAUAUGGAAACUUAGGGAUGGGGACAAAAAAAAAUCUGUGGAAUUGUAAGAGCUUUAGUUUAUACACGAGAAUGUAUAAAUAUUUAAUGUGUAAUAAUUCUAUAUUUCAUGGAGAUUAUUUAAUGAAUUAUUGGUGUGUUAAUAGUUAUAAUGUACAGAGUGCAUUUUAUGGUUGUAACAAAAGUACUUAUUGUUUCUGAAUUAUUUUCCUCUCUUUAUCAAACAUUGUUUUCUGAUAUGAAUUCUCAGUGCAGAUUAGGUCUAUAUUUCACACUCAUACUGCAGGUUAUUGAAUCAUCCCUAUAUAAAACAUACAACUGAUGCUUCCUAAACAGGUUCGGUGUUACUUUUCAUGCGAGACCAUUAAAUCAACGUCCCAUGAUGGCUAUUUGUCUCACUUUACCUGUAGCCGGUGUCUUACAAUGUUUCCCAUGAGCUUGGCAUUCAAAACAGGAUACUAACCUAAACAUGGAGAUCAGAUAGUGCUUGUAUUUGGCGUCAGUUCAUUAGAGCCCAGAUCCCUGAAGAGCUGGAUUUCCUGUGAAUAAUGAAUUUCAGCAGAGGCCCCCAGGGCCUCUCCGUGUCUCCCUCUGCGAUCUAGACCCCACCAGCUGGUGAAUAAGUGUGACUUUGCCUGUGGCACGAGCGAUGGUUUACAAGCAGCUUUGCUCAAGGUUGUGAAAGUUAAGUCUGUAUCUCCGUCCCGACGUGACUUCCAGCGGUCGCUUCGCGGGGAUUCGGUUGCAUGUGCGCAUGAUUCAUUUAACAAACUGAAUAACUGGCGGUUUUAUUUUAAUCCGUUUAACGGCAUGUUUUUGAAGAGAUAAAAGCAUUGCCUCGGGACCUGGUAAAAGGGUUUCAAAGACGUAAUGCAGUUAUUGAUCUGUUAGCGGGGAGUGCAGGUGGGAGACGCGGUGAGAUUUUUGAGCGGCCCCUGAAACGCAGCACAUUUCCAUUCAGGCUUUCGCUGUACAUUUCAUCAAAUUAUAUUUUACAAAUACAGAUUGAAAUUAGAUGGAUAUAAAAUAUGCAAAAUAGCUGUAUUAAGGAUUCCUGGCAUUUGAAUACCAAUGCAAACAGAGCAAUAUAGCAUGACUUUGAGGUGAAUUUAUCAUCUUUCAUAGAGCUGCUUCUGAGUAUUACAUUUUUAUUUAUUUACGUUGAUCAUCACGGCAGGCACUUUGCUCAACAACUGAAGUUGCUCAUAAAAUCCCCCACCCAAAGAGAGUGACAGAGCAUUUUCAUUUCAGUAACUCUAGUGAAAUAUGUUCUUCAGUAUUUUUACGAAAGCUUUUCUUUUUGGUUUUUGAAAUAGUAUCGUUUCAAUGGUGCACUUUAAACAGACAUUUCUCACAGGUGUUUGUGUUGAUAUGGUGUUUGAUUAAAACUUCUACCUUAUCUACCUACAGUACAUGAGCUCUGUCUUUCACAGGACUGGAUUAGGAUUAUUCAUGUUCAAGUUACACAUUCAAGUACAGUCUAUACAGUAUUGUUUAGGAUUAUUGGCAUUUACAUCAUAAAGUCAUGUUUUUUUUUCUGUUCUUAUUUAUAUCUCUGUUGAUUCUGUUGUCUCAGCACUCUUUCAGUGUGCUGUACGUAGAUAAUUUUCAGCAACAGCAAUCAGGUUCAGUCAUUAUGUUCAGUUAUGUUCUGCUGUGUUUGUCUUUCAUGGUUAAACUGCCAUGCAACUGUUGAUUUUUGUUUUGUAGGAAGAGAUGAUGAAUCUUCUAUAUGCUCGUUCAAAAAGUUUGAAAGUCACUUUCUGGAACAUAUUGUUUCCUUGUUGAGUAUUUUCAGGUUACUUUUAGUGACAUGAAACACUUUGUUCCUGAGUAAUGCGGUCUGCUGAUUUUCCUUUUGAGAGUAUUUCAUCCUUCCCGAGUUUUAGAAUGUGAUUCCAUCACUACUGGAUUAACACCUUGUCCAUAAACGCUCUGACAUCCUUUAAUCUGCAGUACGUUGGCACAGUCUGUCUCCGUGGUGCCAGGUAAUCCUCCCAUCAGCCAGCUGUUAGGACUGCCAAGAUAAACAGUUUGGCUGUCGCCAGCUGUGGUGAGGUCGCCUGCGAGAGGUAAUCUAUGACCAGCCUUGUUAACCCGCUACAAAACAUGUAGAAUGUCACUGAUUCUGAAUUUCUUUUGUUUGCUAAGCACCAUUAUUUUGAUUUUUAUAUAUUGUCACAUUUAUUUUUUUUUUACUUUUAAAUUGACUGGUGUGGAAUCAUGCUAACAGAAGAUAUUUAGUACUAGAGUACUAAAAUAUUACGAAAGCUAGUUUUAAGCGUUAAAAUAGAAAACUGAUCUACCAAGGGCUGCGUCUACCAACAUUUUUGUCAAAAUGGAGCCUGAUAGUCGUGUGAUAUAGCCUGGGUGGAUAUACAAUACUGGUUUAAAGUUUGGGGUGAGUUGUUUUUUUUUUUUUUUUUUUUUUUGAAAGAAAUUAAUACUUUUAUUCGGCAAGGAUGCAUUCAGUUGAUCAAACGUGACAGUAAAGACAUUUAUGUUAUCUUUCUAUUUCAAAAAAAUGCUUUUGAACUUUCCAUUCAACAAAGAAUCCUGAAAAGAAAAAAUGUAUCAUGGUUUCCACAAAAAUAAUAAAAUAUUAAGUAGCACAACUGUUUUUAACAUUGAUAAUAAUAAGUAAUGGAAAAAUUAACUGCGGAAAAAAGAAAACUUAUUUUAAAUUGUAAUAAUAUUUUGCAAUAUUACUGUUUUUACUGUAUUUUGAUCAAAUAAAUGCAGCCUUGGUAAGCAUAAGAGACUUCUUUCAAAAACAUAAAAAAAUCUUUGAAAUCAACCUCAAACUUUUGAACGGUAAUGUAGGUGAAGUGGAUUUUUAUGAACAUUGUUAGCCAUUUGGAACCUGAUAUUAAUAUAAAAAAAACGACACUGACAAAUAGUGUCGCACUUUACCUUCAUUCACCUUAUAUGACUGAAUGAGCAGGGUUUUGACUGCCUUAAAUGUAUGCUGAAGGAUAUUGUGAAGGUGUUUCUGAGUGUUUCUUGGUUCACUGCCAUACUGAAGUAUACCUGCAGGUACUGACAACUCAUCUGUCAUGGUAUAAUAGCCAUAGACAGCUUGUCUUAUAUUGGCUUGUAGCAUCUAUCAUCCAAAGAGGAUGCCCAUUUGCUUUUCAUUGUGAGCUGUUGAAUGCAGGGAUAUAAACAUUCAGGUUCAUCCCACAGAAUAGAUGAAAUAUAUUAGACAAUUAGUCAAUAUUCGUUGAUUCUCAUAUUUGUGUAUGGCUGUUCAUUUUCUCUUUUUUUUUUUUUUUUUCUCUCUGGCUUGGCAAUGAGUAAAAGAUGUGUCCUUUUAGAAUGUAAUGUAUUUAACUCUUUUAUCAGUUUACCAUUUAUGUCUGCAUAAGAAUGUAAGCCUUUAAUGCAAAUAAGGCCCAGUGGUCAGUUUGCAUCUUUCAUGGUUAUCGAAAACAGCUCUCUUUUCUACUUUAGACAUUUCGUAAUGUUUAUUCCACCUUUGAGUAUUGAAAUCACUGCCACAUUUUUGUCUAAAGCAGUUGUUGUGCCAACUAAAGCCAUUGUGAAGUCUUGUAAGGCCAAAGGUUUACAAUCUAUCAGGAACAAAAGCGUUUAUUCUGUCAUGUGAGCAUUCAAUUUGUCUGUUCCAUGAAUUCACAGAUGUAUAUCUGUCAUUCUCUUUAUUUUAGUGGACUGACUUCUGAGUCUGUCAUAGAAUGUACUUAGAAAGACAUUUGUUUUUGUUUUAUUUAAAUGUUAAGACUGUUCCUAUUGUAUGUUGAACUGUUUUGCUGAGUUUUCGCAGUCUGUUUGAAUACUGUUUGCUGAAUUGAGAACAUGGUCCAUCCCUUUUCUGCUUGACAGGAUUGACAUGAACAACACACAGUAGUUGUCAAUACAACCAACCAAUAAGAAUGUGACUUCCAUUUAGACAACAGCCAUCACUUUACAUCUAUCAGGCCCACGCAGAUCUUCAAUGUUCUUUACAUCCCUCACUGCUAAAAUUUUGGCUUUUUUAAUGUUCCUUUCAGUUACCAAUACGUGUCUUGUAUUUUUUGUUAUGUGUAACAUGCUUUUACCUAUAUAUUUCCACCACAUUUAAUGUGAUAAAAGUCUGCAGUUCCCAUCUGGGCCUGCUUCUAUCCAAUCGAUUGAGUCUGUAAACUGAAAGUUAUUUGCGUAUAACUUUUUUAUCACCAAUGCACAACAUUUAGCUCAAACAUAAUCACUACUCACUCAGCACUUUGUCUAUGUCUUUUGUGAAGACUAUUUGUCUGUGUGUUCUCUUUAGGGUACAAAUGGGAAACAGCACCCUAACGUUGUUUGAUUUAAGUCCAGGCAUGUCUGACUCCAACAGCGUUUAUAAUGUAUAUUCCGCUGUAAUUAAUAACAAUUAAAACAAUGUCUACCCAA